GGCAAGUAGGCGUGUCAGUGUCCUGAAAGGAUUUUCCCCGGAGUGAGCAGACAGGCUGAGGGGGGAUGUAGGAUGGUGGAGCUAAGAGGAGUAUCUAACGGGACAUGCCGACCGCCUGAUUUCUUCUAAUAUUCCAACAACUGUUGUGUGCGGGCGUGAGGUGUCACCAUGCCGCUGGUCAAGAGGAACAUCGAUCCCCGCCACCUCUGCCGAGGGGAGCUCCCCGAGGGCAUCGGCAGCGAGCUGGAGUGUGUGAUGAACAACACGCUCUCCGCCAUCAUCCGCCAGCUCAGCAGCCUGAGUAAACAUGCAGAGGACAUAUUUGGCGAGCUGUUCAACGAGGCCAACACCUUCUACCUGCGUGCCAACUCUCUCCAGGACCGCAUUGACCGGCUGGCUGUCAAGGUCACGCAGCUGGACUCCACCGUGGAGGAAGUUUCCCUGCAAGAUAUCAACAUGCGAAAAGCCUUCAAAAGUUCUACCACUCAGGACCAGCAGGUGGUGUCCAAAAGUAGUGUGCCCAAUCCUGUGAAGGAAAUGUAUAACUUAAGUGACAAGCCUCCGCCGCUCAGCAUCCUCUCAUCUUAUAGGGAUGACCACAAGGAAGCACUCAAGUUCUACACUGACCCCUCCUACUUCUUUGACCUGUGGAAGGAGAAGAUGCUGCAGGACACGGAGGACAAGAGGAAGGAGAAGAGGAAACAGAAGGAGCAGAAGCGCUGUGUGGAUGGGACCUUGCAGAGGGAGGUGAAGAAGGUCAGGAAGGCCAGGAACCGCAGACAGGAGUGGAAUAUGAUGGCUCUGGAUAAGGAGCUGAGGCCGGACCACCGUCACACCAUACACAGAGACCGAGGGGCCUCCUCCGAGGGCUCAAUGUCUCCAGAAAACAGGGGACAUGGAGGAGACCUGCAUCACUAUCCCAACGCCAUGAACCACGCUGGUCACGCUCACACCUAUUCGGGCCCACCGCCCAGCGCCCUGGCUGCACAGAUGGCCGCUGGACACGCCCCUCGUGGAGGAAGUGAGCACGAUAACAGGAGCAGGCCAAUGGCUUAUCAGGGAGGCACGCUGGGCCGCGCCCACCACCACCACCACCAAGUCCCGCUGCCUCCUCCACCUGCCGAGGCAAUGAACGGGGGCUCAGUGUCCCUCCCACCAAUGGACUAUAGCAUGGAUGGUUAUGCCAACACAGGACCGCCGCCCCCACCCCCGGCUCCUCUCAUUCCCUCCGCCCAAACGGCCUUUGCCUCGCCACCUGGAGGUCCCAUGUCUCCCGGGCCAAUGAUUGGCAGCGGAGGCUAUGCUCCGCCUCUGCCACCUGUAUCCGGCGGUCAGGCGGUCCCACCACCUCCAGGGCCCCCGCCGCUUCCUCUCCCAGCCGGUGCCUCCCACUCCCACAAGAUGUCCUCGGCCGUGCCCGUGGAAAGCAGCGUGGUUAAUGAUGCCCGCAGUGAUCUGCUGGCGGCCAUUCGUAUGGGCAUCCAGCUGAAGAAGGUGCAGGAGCAGCAGGAGCAGCAGGCCAAGAGGGAACCCGUGGGGAACGAUGUGGCCACCAUCCUGUCGCGCCGCAUCGCCGUGGAAUACUCAGAUUCCGAGGACGACUCGGAGCUAGAGGACAACGACUGGUCCGACUGAAGAGAGGCAAGGCCACACUUGAAAGAAUGCUUACUGUACACACACACACACACACACACGCGCGCACACACACAAGAUGCUGAUGUGUGGGUGUGUGUCUUCAAGCUGCAACCAUCACUGUAAAGAAUGUGCUGUAACCGUAACCACUUCCUGCAACCUUCACUGUGAGUGCCCCCACUUAUCUACCUGUUCUAACUCUACACACACCUUUCAUGUCAAGUGUCAUUAGUGGUAAACUUUUUUUUUUUUUACUGAUGCCAAGGCUACUUUUUAACCAUGUAUUAGCUGGAAGUGAAAAAGGAAUGUGAUCAAAUUGAGGAGAGCCAGGGGGUCUUGUAUAUGCUAGUGUGAGCCAUGUAUCCUUUUGUGCAGAGAGUAAUAAAAAGAUGAAUGGAGGAUGAUGGCUGUCGUCACGUACCUGACUCCCCGCAUUUUGUGUUGCCAUGGCAACAGGCCCGCUCAGGCAGGAGGGAGUUGCCGGGGCAACGGGGACUGGGCGGCACGUAGCCAGCCAGGGUGGUGGGGAAGAACAAAACAGGCGAGCAGACGUUGUAUGCACAGCACAUGUCAAGUUUUGUGUUUGUUUUUUUUUUUUUUAAUAGAAAAUUAACAAGAUCUCUCCAUGGAGUGAACUAAUCAAAGCAAUAAAAAGUACAACUAGAACACUUUGGAAAAAUAGACACCACGUUCACACAAUGUUUUUUCUUUACAUUUAAGUUAGUGCAUGUUGAUUAUCCUUCUCAUUUUGCAGAUACUUCAAUUGUUGUGCCAUCAUCAUCACUGCCACACCCCCCCAAAAAAAUAAAGUGCAUUUCACAUUGAAAACUACGUUGACACAAGAUGCUGUUACAGUGGCACCACCCCUGAACUCCCACCCGCCCUCCCUUCCCCAUAACCCAGACAGACAUUCACAGGCCCUUGAGUGAUAUUUAGCUCUAACAUUAGCGAACAUCGUCAACAUCCAGCCCGUCGUUGGCCACACCUUCACUUUUCUGCACACGCUCAGAUUUACAACUGUGUGUGUGUGUGUGUAGAAGUGUAACAUCCAACAUGACAGCCUUUUACUAUUCUUGGAUAGAAAAGCCCUUGUUUGCACCACUGUUUAUCUUUCACCAUACUCUUCUUCCCGGGGUGCAUUUUGGACAAAUUCUACCUCCAUCAGGGUUUCCCAAACUUAAAGCCUCAUUUUUUUAAAGAUGCGCUUGAUCCUUUUCAUGUAUGUAUGUACACUAUACCUUUAUGCCAAUAUGUGACAGUGUUUCCCACAGGACCGCAAUGUAUCUGUGGCAUGAGGUGUGUGGGAGAGGCUAAAUACCAUUGUCUAAUUUGAACAAUUGCAUGUUCGGUUUGUCAUAAGAAAUGUGCAACACUAUCUCAUGUGUUUUGUAACCUUUUUUAACAGCAUGAAGUUAUUAACCUCCAGGUGUUUGUUUCAUUUACGCGCAUGCGUGAGCCUUACUUAACACGCAGUGGCGAUUAAAAAAAACAUCCAUGGUGUGUUCUGCGCUCCAUGUAAGGUUGCGCUGAUUUUAAAGAUAAUGGAUGACAUUGCAAACAAGUCAGCUGUGCUAUGCACGUAUGAGGUGUGUUAAGAAGUAGAGUUACGACUGUGCAACGUUGUAACAGCAAGCUACACAGUUAGUCCCGAUGUAACGUGCUUGUGAGCAAGGGUGAACACACCUGUUCUUUAAAAAAAUAUAAAAAGAAGCGGCAAAAUCUUUCUGUGGCACGUCAAAUGUAAUUUUGGCAGGCCACCACAAAUGAAUGAAUGUGUGGAAAACACUUUUGUGGUGUGUUUUAGUAGGUUUGAGCUGAUAAGGUUUGGGAAACCCUGUUCUAACUGGACGAACUGGAGAAAGGGUGCAUCCUUGAAAGGUGACUGGCUUUGGUAGCACCAUGCACGGUGAUUUUUGUCAUUGCCCCCCCCCAUUGUCAAGCAUGCCGUGUUAUCAUUAAUAUUAUUAUUAUUAUUAUUUACACUUCAACUCAAAAAGGAGAAUUUGGGAGUACAUUCAGAAAAAAGGCUUUUACAGCGCCGUGAUAUCAUACAUCUCAAAUGAAUUCAGGCCGGACCAAAGUGGAAAAAAAUAGAACUUUUCAAUGAAUAUAACAAAAUAGACUAUUUUUUUUAAGUGAUGUUUGUCAGUCUGACACAGACGGGCCACGUUCCAAUAUUGGGAAGUGCUCUUCUUCCGCUUCCCUCACUUCAUUCUGUGGAAGUGAUGGAAAAGAGAGAAAGGGGCAUCAUCUUCAUAUUUGGAAGUGGUCCUGUUUAGCUCAUAGAUCAUCCAGAGGUCACUUGAAGGACACCUGUCUUCAUUGAUUUAAAGUGUAGCCGCAGCAGCAGGACUGCAGCAGUCCCUCCGCUCCCUUUCGCUUUGGCUUCAAGUCGCGUCCUGUCGUUCCUGACUUUGCAUGCGGUGUGUAAAUUCGCUCCCGAUGGACAGGAAGACUGGCAGCAGCAUCGCCCCCACAAAUCAAGGAGGCCAACACUGACGUACAGUAUGUAGCGACACCUCACUCCCUCCUCAUUUUUAAGGAGACCAUAUAUGUGGUCUGCUGGGAUCGCACAUGCACCUGCCCGGAGGCCAUGCAACUCACAACAAACACAAAGACACUUGAGGUUACGACACUCAGGACAGCAGAAGGCAACCACAAAUGAAGGAGGAAAUCACAGUAUGGAGUGUGUGCGUGGAUGUUAUUGCUGUCUGAGUAUUGCUUCACCUCCAAAAUAACUACCAUUCAAAGGCUAGUUAUUGCUGGCAGCACGGCUGUCUAAAUGAGAAAAUGAGCUCCGGCGUCGGCUCAGCUUCCCUCAACAAACUCAGAGAGCGAACAUUGGCUCCAGUCAACGUACACAUGAUCGCAUCUUGUGAUCAUAAUAUUGGGAAAGAAAUAAAACGCCAUAUUGAGGUCAGGAUAACACAGCUGGCGCUGAACUCGGGACAAGAGUGGAUUUUGUGCUUGUUGCAUGCAAAUGACAGCCAAGUUGACAUGCAACGCACACAGCUAUGUAGGGCCGCUAAAAACUUCUUUUCAUGACUCUAUUUGAAUUUUGAAAUGUUAGCCAUGGGGGGCAACUCACUGGAAUACUAUUAUGCUCUACUAUUAUCAUUAUAGUUUUUAAAUUUUUUUAAAAUUAUUAUUUAGUGUUAAAUAUUAUUAAUAUUGUAAAUAAAAAAUAAUUUGAGCAAGGAACCAUAUGUGAUAAGUUUCUGUCGCAGCCAGACGAGAAAAAUUAAAUAAUAAAUGUAAAGUGUCACCAUUUGUUUGUUGUUGUUUUUUAACCAAAAAAGAAAUUCAACAAAAAUAAUUGGAGAUACAUGAUUUUCCACUGGACAAGAAUGGUAUUGAUAUGUCAUUUUGUAUAAAUAUGAUGAUAAAAAAAAAAUGCUAAUAUGUUUUGCUGUAGUGCCAUACAGGUUAAAAGUAAUGUUUUAUCACUGCAACAUCAUCGUAGGUGCUUUGAAUGUGAAAAAGUAACAAAAAAAGUAUUUAAAUGAAGUUUAAUUAAUUAAAUUAAGUUUAAUUUAAAAAAAGUCAAUAAAAAAUGUUUUCAAGUUAGUAAUCCUCAUUAAACAAUGACAUUAUAAUAUUCAAUUAAUUUAGUUGUUUUUUUAUGUACUUUUGUCAUUUUACAUUAUUACAGUAAGUAAUCCAAUGAGUGACCCGUAAUUUAAAUAAUCCUAAUUGUUUAGGAUGAAAGGAGCCAAAAACAUUGUGAAUUCUAUUCACUGAUUGGCUGCGAGGAGUCACAUGGUUGAUAUGAGGGGUUAAAAACAAACAUGGUAAGCUUCCAUCACAGGUAACCUUCAGCAGGAAAGCAAAUAGAGUGAUGAUGCAGCCUCCAGUGAUGAUGAAAAGUGCAAAGAGG